AUGCAGGAUCCAAAAAGUGAAUGUGACACGCAGUCGCUGACUGACAGUGUAACGAACUAUCCCGUUGAAAAUAAUAGAAGGUAUCACAAAUACCAUGAAGGAGCCUAUCCUUACCCGAAUGAUGAACAGGAGCUUGAUCGCCUCGAUAUGCAACACCACAUGUUCAAAAUGGUCAUGGGCGAUAAACUAUACCAUGUCCCCCUCGAUCAACCCAAGCAGAUUCUAGAUAUCGGAACUGGGUCGGGGAUUUGGCCUAUAGAAAUGGCGCCACAUUUCCCCGAAACCGCUAUCACUGGAACCGAUCUAUCCCCAGUUCAACCAACAGAAGUUCCGCACAAUGUGCAUUUUCUACUCGACGAUGCCACAGAAGACGAAUGGCUGUGGGAUUCGGACCAUUUCGAUUUCAUUCACAUCGCCCAUAUGACGGGUGCCAUGCCAUCCUUCAAGCGCAUUUUGCGACAGUCCUAUAAACAUCUCAAACCAGGAGCAUAUAUCGAAUGUCAUGAAAUGGAUCCGAAGCCAAAAUGUGACGAUAAUACGAUGCCCCCAGAGAAUCCGGACGGCUACAGCGCGUAUGCUCUUCAUGACUGGUUUGAUUUGAAUAUGCGCUCCAGUCAAGAGGUUGAGCCCUCGAGACAAUUCCGCAUUGCGCAUCGGAUUAAGCGCUGGAUGGAAGAGGUAGGAUUUGUGGACGUCGAGCAGCGAAUCUUCAAAGUGCCUCUGAACACCUGGCCAGACGACGAGAAGAUGAAAAUCAUCGGGCAGUGGAGCGAGACCAACUGGCUCGAGGCUCUAUCAGGCUGGUCAUACAAGCCAUUUCUUGCACUGGGAUGGUCCACACCUGAGAUUGAAGUCUUCCUCGUGGAUGUCAGGAAGAGCCUCCAGGACCGCAGUGUGCACGCUUAUAUGGACUUUUAUGUGGUGACGGGUCGCAAACCGCUACCAGGUGAGAAUAUAUAUUGA